UCAGCUGCAGUUCGUCGUCGUCUUCAGCGAGCUUCGUCUGUGAGAUUCUUUCAAGCUUCUACAGCAAUUUCGACUGGUUCGCUGAUUGUUAUUUCAGUUCGAUCUGAUUUUGCGCCGUUUCAGUGAAUUUUCGGUGUAAAUCGUUUGAACAUACACCGGCUAUUGACAUCGUAUGGUGAUUUUCUGUUUCGAUUUUUACUCUCCCAGUACAGAUCUGCACCGCCAGUCUGCUCGAUCAAAUUCAACUGCCAAAUCCAAAUUUUGAUAAAGAUGCACGGGAGGCCGCGGAAAGACCCAAGUCAAGAAGAGCAAGAAGCAUCGUCGCUCAAAGCCGCAAAACUUCGUGAACUUCAAUCUCAAGUUCUUCAUUUUCACCACAACAAAAUAUACACAAAGGAAGCUGUUGAGAUUAGUGCCAAACUCGUAGAAUCAAAUCCUGAGCAUUAUACUGGUUGGAAUUACCGGAAGCUAGCAGUACAAGACAUCCUCAAGCAACAAUCGGACGGCGGAGCUGAUCCUGAAUCAAUUCAAUCAAUUCUUGAUGAAGAGUUGAGAGUUGUAGAGAAUGCAUUGAAGAGGAAUUUUAAAUCUUAUGGGGCAUGGCAUCACCGUAAAUGGAUUCUAAGCAUGGGCCAUUCAUCCACGGAUAGGGAAUUAAGGCUUCUAGGCAAGUUCCAGAGGCUCGAUGCACGGAAUUUCCACGCAUGGAACUAUAGGAGGUUUAUAGCAGGGUUGAAGAAGAUCCCUAAUCAAGAGGAACUUCAGUAUACAACAGAUAUGAUAUAUGAUAAUUUCAGCAAUUAUUCUGCCUGGCAUAACCGAAGUGUGCUUUUGUCUGAUCUCCUGGAGAGAAAAGAAGGAUUUUUUGAUAAAGAGAAUGUUCUCGGAGAGGAAUAUGAGUUUGUACGAAAUGCUCUCUUCACAGAUCCUGAUGAUCAAAGUGGCUGGUUUUAUCAUCUAUGGCUUUUGGAUCAAACCCUGAAGCAAGAGCCUCUAUUCCUUUCUUCAUGGCCUCCUCAUGGCGCUAAUGUGAAUUUGUCAUUCGACAGUCAUUUCAGUGACCAACCCACUCUACAUUUCCGGUCUAAGGCUGGCAGAUUUCCUCUCAUUAUAUAUUUCAACGAAGCAGUCAAUGGAGUAAGCUCCUCCACAGUAAAUAUUGAAUGUCAGUAUAAUGCUCUCACUGAUUCCGUUUGGAGUCCACUUUCAGCAAAUAAAUCCGGUUAUUCCCAAGCCUGGUUGACUUACCUGAAAUUUCCUGAUGAAGUCGAUGCCUUAGAUGCUUGUCCUGUAAAAGUUAUAGUUGCCGAGCUUCCGGGCAUUACUUCCCUAAGUGGUAUGCCCUGCACCAAGUCUUGGGGUAUAUCUUUUACUGUUUUAUUAUAUUCUGAUAACCGAGGGCAGUCUGAGGUGCAAGCAACACAUGAAAGAAUAUCAUGGAAAGAGGAAAACUUUAAAUCUCUGGAGACAGGCUUUUUUCACUCACUUUGUAAUUUGGAAAUAACGAAGGAAAAUAUACCUUCGCCUCCUAAGUGGAGCCUGGAGACCAUAUCCAAUGAAAUAGAUCACUGCCAAGAACUUCUGUUUACAACGAACUGUAAAAUUGGAAAACUCACUCUUGCCAGACUCUUGAUGGCUCGCAACACAUUGAUGACUUACAACCGAGACGAUGGAGCAGAAUUCAACUUUGAGGAAGUUCUUGCACUUUAUAAUGACUUAAUGAAAAUGGACCCUUCACAUAUUUGUUACUAUGAAGAUGAGUACAGCCUAGUCUUGUUGAAGCAGUUGACUUCAAACUCGGAGACUUUGUUGAAGCACUGUGGUGAAUACAAAGAGCCUUGUUCACCACAUACGAUUUCAUAUUUAUCUGUGCGAAUGAAUGGCCUCUCGUUGUCGCGGAUUGGGAGUAUGGAGCAGUUAUUAUGGGUUCAAAUUCUGGAUCUCAGCCACAACAAACUCCGAUCAAUCGAAGGGUUGGAGUCUCUACAGCUCCUGUCGUGUUUGAAGCUCAACAACAACAAAUUCUGCAGCUUUACAGCUCUAGAGCCCUUAAAAUUACUGAAUUUGCUAGAAGUGUUGGAUAUAUCAAACAAUGAGAUCGGAAACCACUCUAUUGAUACAAGGCGAUACUUGUGCUCGUCUCCUCUCACUAACACAGGGGGAAGCGAGUGGCAGUUCUCGAAACUUGCAAAUAGCGACAUCCAGUUGAGCCAUUACUGGGACGCGUAUCUGCUAUUCAAGGACAUGAAUCUGACCCAAUUAGAGAUCACGGGAAACGCAGUGGCUGAUGAACGGCUGCACGCCCUUCUGCUCGAGCUCAUGCCAGGGCUCGCCUGGCUGGACAGCGAGAAGCGCCGAUAGUGUACUAUUACUACUACGACGACGACGAUGACUACGACUACUCUCUGGGAUCAGUAUUUUUCGAUGGGGACCAGAAGGUAUGACAGAAAACUUGAUUUAAUUUUGUCUUUUGUGUUCGAUGAUCGAAGGAUGAAUCAUUUAUUCACUGAAUUCAGUCACACUAUUUGAGAUUGAAAUCGAAAUCGAAAUCGACAGGGUAACAUUCCUAUUGGAUGAGAUGUCUUGCACGUUUUACUCAUCUUCUUAUUUUCUCCAUUUGAAUCAUUUUCUUGAUUGUUUUUCUCA